CCGUGACGUCACGUCCUUCCGAUCCGACGAAAUCCCAGCAAGCGGGGCGCGCUCCCACUCGGUUGGUGAAUGGGGCCAGUCCGACACUUCGCCAAAUCUGUUCGCUAACGCCUCCCUUGUCUCGUCGCCCCACACGCCGGUAGUAUACCCUCCGCCAUCGGGCGCCAGCUAGCGCGGAAGCUCGCCCCCCCCCCCGCCCCGAAAAACAAAAUAGCAGCGUCGACUUCGGGCCAGCGUAUUGCCGCCUUGUGUUUCCAGCCGAGCGAAGCGAAGCGACGGGCGGAGCUGCGAGUGCGAGCGUGUCCAGGAAUGAGCAAUGAUGGCCGGCUGUGCAGCAGAGGAGAAAACCUUCCGACGGUUCCUGGAACUCUUCCUCCGGGAGAUGAGCCCUCCUCUGCAGGACAGCGACCCGCUGCCCUGCCGCCCCUUGACCGACUUGGUGUGCGAGGACGAGGUGGAGGGGGAAUGCCUCGAUUUGUGUCUGCAGCACCUCUACAAAUAUAACUGCCCGUGCUCGCUGGCGGCAGCCUUGGCCAGGGCGACGUCGGACAGCAUCCUACAGAGCGACCUGACCAUCCAUCACCUCAUCAAGAGCGUGGAAGACGGAGUCGGACCCUUACCCCAGAUCGAGGCGGUCAAGUUGGCGCGGCUCAUCUUCAAACGACUCUUUGAGACGUGCGGCGCGUGGACCAAGGAGCUGCCUUACCGCCGCCGCCCGCAGCCCUACUACGAGACGUCCAUCCACGCCAUCAAGAACAUGCGGCGCAAGAUGGAGGACAGGCACCUCAUCAUCCCCGACUUCAACACACUUUUCAACAUUCAGGAUCAAGAAGAACAAGCGUUCUUCGCCGUGUUUGACGGACACGGCGGCGUGGACGCCGCCAUUUACGCCGCCAACCAUCUCCACGUCAACCUGGCUCGCCAGGACUCUCUAAGCCAAGACCCCGGCGAGGCCCUCCGCCGCGCCUUCAAAAUCACCGACGAGCACUUUGUCAGGAAAGCCUCGCGGGAGAACCUGCGCUGCGGCACGACGGGCGUGGUGACGUUCCUGCGCGGCCGGACGUUGCACGUCGCCUGGCUGGGAGACUCGCAGGUUAUCCUGGUCCGCCGGGGAGAAGUGGUGGAGUUGAUGAAACCGCACAAACCCGACAGAGAGGAUGAGAAGCAAAGGAUCGAAGCCCUGGGAGGCUGCGUGAUCUGGUUCGGGACGUGGAGGGUGAACGGCAGUCUGUCGGUAUCCAGAGCCAUAGGCGACUCGGAGCACAAGCCCUACAUCUGCGGGGACGCCGACCACGCCGCCUUCCCGCUGGACGGCUCCGAGGACUACCUGCUCCUGGCCUGCGACGGCUUCUGGGACACGGUGAGUCCGGACGAGGCGGUGCGCGUGGUGAGCGACCACCUCCAGGAGAACGCCGGCGACACCGCCAUGGUGGCGCACAAGCUGGUGGCCUCGGCCCGCGACGCCGGCUCCAGCGACAACAUCACCGUCAUCGCCGUUUUCCUGCGAGAUCCGCGCACCCCGCCGGCGCCCACCGGCGCCGAGGAGGACGAGGACGAGGGCGCCGCCGAGGCCCGGCCGGAAGAGGAGCCCGCCGCCGAGGCGGAGGAGCAACCUGAAGAAGGAGAGGAAAAGGAGGACGAGGAAGAGGAGGAGGAGGCGGCCAGGGCGGAGCGAGGCGGCGAGGGGGGCAGCGCGGCGGACAACGAGGGGAAAAGCCGCGGCGGGUGGCCCCUGCAGCAGUGCUCGGCCCCCGCCGACCUGGGCUACGAAGACCGCACGGACUCCUUCACGGACAGAACCAGCCUGGGCCUCAUGGGGCCCGCACUGGGGGGCCGCAUCCCUUCCCUCCGCCGCUGGCGCUUCCUGGAGAAACGCCCGCUGAGGAGCAGUUCCCGCCUCACCUUCACGGACCCGCCGGGGGCCCGGACCGCCUCGCCGUUCGGCCGGGUGCCCGGGCCCAGCCGCAGAUGCGGCGACCUCAGGUGGCGCCGUCGAUUUGCCGAGCCGCCGGCUUCGAUGCCCCUUUACGCCAUCUGGAAGCCCGGCGCGGCCGUGCCCCGGCUUCCCCGCACCGCCGCCAUCUGACGCCUCGGCGCGGAACCGCCACCUUCCCGGGUCACUUCCUCCUAUCCAACGCAGUUUUUGUUCGGUUUCUUUCUGGAUACUUUAGAUAGUUGUGGCUCCUGCGUUCGUAAACGUGACGAUUGACUGGUUGUGUCUGUCCGGUGGGGGGGUGGAGCUAAUUAAAAAAAAACAAAAACAAAGUAAAUAUCAGCCAGCCCGCCAAACAUAAGCUGCGCUCCAAAGUAUACCACAUCAUCGUAAAGCUACAAAAUGUUCACAUUGAUGGUUCUGUUUUUCACAGUCGCCAUCUUAACCAUCAAUUCAUAAAUAUCCUUACAGCGGUGGUGGGUGGGGGGGGGGGGCUUGAGUGUUUCCCGUUUAGCAUGUUGCGACGUGAAACUAGUUUCCGGGACUUCAUCCGACCUCAAACCGACCCAGGCGCCACAGAGACCGCUGACCCCUCUGUCGUUCCGCCGUUGACCCGGUCCGUUAUCCGCCCGCGGCUUGUCUACAGAUCGGAGCACUUAAAGGACGGAUUACUAGAGAUUAGUCCUUACUUGAUUAGACGCUGUAUCAUGCUUUCCCCGAUGUGGAUUUGGCCCCCCUGCGUUAAUGGGUUUUUGAGCGAGGACAAAGGGCGAUUUAGGUACGCGUUCCCUCGGCAGCGUAACACAGCGCAGGCACUUUGACGGCUACAGAACACGAAGCCUUCUUCGCCCGAAAACUUACAAAUACAGCACCGUCGAGUCCGGAUCGUCUUUGGUAUCGUAUCGGUGCCACUUCCCCAGAAAAGUUGUCUUCAACUAGCAUGGCGACUGCCUACCAAAUAGCCAGCUCACUAACAACAUACCUGUAUAGCGAUUUUAAUGUGAGCAAAAUAAUCCAGGUUCAUAUUUUUAGUUUCCAAUAAUACCAUGAAAAGUUGUCUGAAGCUAGCAUACAAACCGGAAACCUGCUAGCCAGCUAGCAAUUUAGCCAGCUUGCUGGAGGUAGAGCAAUUUAAAAAGAAACGGUCAUAAGAGUUCUUUUUGUUUGUUUCCCGUGUUAGCAUGAACAAUUAUCUUAUUCAAGAGGGACAAUAAGAUGAUCGCAAUUCAAAUGUCAACAAAGUGGUCCGAUAUUGUUUAUUUUCCGAUGAUGAAGUUGUCUUAAGCUAGCAGAACAACUGGAAACUGGAAAGCUAGCCAAUUAGCUGGAGAUGCCAAGUGGUCCAAGUGUAUUUUAUUUUGGUUUUGGAUGAUACCUGGAGAUGUUGACUUAAACGUGCUCUAUGACUGGCAACGGACAAGCCUCUUUUUUGGGGGGGGGGGGUUUGUUUCUAACGAUCCUAAGCUAGCUAGCACAACAGUUUUAUUUUUGAUCUGUACAUAAAACGACGGUAUUAAUAUGUUCUCUGCGAUGCUAAACCAGCCCUAACGUCGAUUGCAGCGUGAUCCGCAGCUCCACAAAACAAAGAACAAAGCGCAUGUGAUCCUCCGCAUAGAUUCAAAAGCGGACACUUUCUUCAUGUUACACGACAGCCUUAUGCCAAAUUAGCGCUAAUUCAAGUUCAUGACGUUCUAAAUUCCUACUGCAACUGAAUUUAAUGAACGAUGAUGGACUUUGUAUUAGGCGUAUUUUUUUUUUCUUCCUAAGAUGCUUAUUUGACUUCAUACAUAGCCUAAGGUUAGGAAUACUACGUAGUGUAGCGCUUGCUUCGUUGAUGAAGUAAUCCAUAAAUUUUCCACCUUUCGGAGGGUAGUAUCGUAAGUUUGUCUCUUCCUGUAAAGACGUACAGUACAUAAAGUCAAAUCGGUGAAGAUUCCGCCUUCCGAAGACUGUCGGCGUUUAGUGCAGCCACAUUUAAUGCACAGAACAACGACAACAAAUAGCUAGCUCGUUGUGAUCACCAGCUUUAUUGUAUCCGCCUUACGCCACAUUUUGCCAAUCAGGUUACAGUAGAGGCCACUCACAAAAACGUGCUGAGAUCGGGCCUUGCCACUUGUCUGCCUUUCUAUGACUCUCCAGUCUCUGCUGAAACCUGCUAAUGGCACGAUCAACCCCUCACUUCAGGAUUUUGGCCUGUCUUACUGCCACUUCUCUUCCAUCUUACCCCUCUGUCCCGCUGGAAAAGACUCGUUCAAGAGAAGCGGCAGGAAAACGUGGCAAAAUUAUAGGAGGAGAUUGCUUAAUUUGAAUUUUGGAACAAAAUGGUGUGAUUUUCAGGCUUGUUUUUUUAUCACAACAGCACCAUCUGCUGGAGCUAAUGGCAAUUAUUACUGAGUAUUUGUUUUGAGAGCAAUCGUGAUUUUCCUCCGAUUUUGGACUUGGACCAACUUCGGUGCAACUGACAUCUUUAAUUUCAUUCUUUCAAAUCCCAUUUCGGUGUCGUCCUGGUUGCCUGAAUGAAAAUGUCACAACAAAACAAACAAACAUUUGCUGCAAGAGCGGUCUAUGUCCAAAUGUGCUUACCUCAUUUUUUUUCUAUUUGUUUGCAAAUGGUGAAACUUGUUUUCAUGGGAUCAACUGAUGUAUCAGUUAAAGUGCUGAGUACAACAAUGGGCUGCCCCGUAUAUGUCAAAAAUGGAACCUGAUCUGAAAGAGAGGCCUUUGCUCUCGUCAUCCGAAAAUGGAGUUAGCCCACUCAUCGGUCCAUCAUUUUAUUUGCCUUUCCUAAAUGUGCAUUGUGUCUGCGUACACAAAAGCUUUUUUUUUCUUCUCUCAAUCUCUCUAUUUCUCUCUCUCUCUCUCUUUCUGUAAGCAAUAAUGUGUUGGGGACAAAAAAAAAAGUUCUCCAGGGGGCUCGUCUGUGGACAAUACGUGGAAGACGAACCCCCUCGUGACCAUGUGCAGUUUACGUUGAAAGAAAGUACUUACAAGAAAUAAUUUGUACGUGUAUGAUGUGUGCUCCUCUAGUAUGUGUAUGUAUAUAAAUAUGAUACAGGCACACAUACAUGAAUGCAUAAAGUAAAUAUAAUACCUGUACUGUAACGGAUGACUAACCAUCAUGUAUAUAAAGACUAGAACAACUCAA